AUCUGGCUAUUUGAUCAUUGAUGACAGAUAUCGAAUUUACCCAUCGGAUCGUGCUCGAGGCGGUCGAGGCGUUCGCUCUCCUGCUGGCUGCCAUGGAGGUGGGCUGACAGAAUUAUUCCAGCAUGGAGAACUGCAGAGCCUGAUUAAUAUAGAGGCGCAUGAUGGGGAUUCGGGGUAAGACUGGAUGCCACGCGGUAUUGCAGUGUGGAGGGUCGAGACUCGAGACUCGAGGCCCGAGGGAGCUAGAGCCUUGUUGGUCGUCACUCGCCUGGCGGAAGGAAUGGUAUUCUCGGUUGCAUGUCACGGCCCACGGAUUGCUGCAUAUGCAGUAUUAUGCACACAUCAACAACUACGUGAUCGGGACCUAGCAGAGGUAUCCCCCACUUGUUCUCGGUUCUCCCCGCUGCGUUUAUGCUCGAGGUCGCUCGAGUCCUGGGGGUCUCUCGUCCCGAUCUCUCUACCCGUCUCCAUGUGGGUUGAAGGCCAUCGGUGUCAUCCAACCCAAAUCCCUCACCCAUCCAACGCUUACAAUCGGAAGGCCGAGCCGAGCAAUUUAUGUACCAUGCCUGAUAUCAUGAUCUUCACCUUCCCAGCUCGCGAGCCGACGCAACGAUGGAGGUUUGUACAGAUUAGUCAAGGAUACCCGAAGGAGGCGUCGGGUCACCCACGCGAAUCCCUGUCGGCAGAGGUGACGGUGGAUGGUCGCAUGGCGGAUAAAAGGCAGGUCAUCAAGUCGACGUCGGCGGUUCCUUUGUGCAAAGCGGGGUUCUCCGCAUCUGCGAAGUGAUAUGCGGUUCCGGUUGAUGACAGGACAUAAGUAGACGUAGGGAUCAAGCGUGCUGAUUCUUGAAAGGGAGGGUGGGGUACGAAGUAUGGCGAAGCGGAAGCGAGUCGUCGAGGGAUUCGACGAUUGACAUGUGUCAUUGCUGGGGAUAUCGAACUCAGGGUUAUACGUAGUACGGUAUACCAAGCCCAUCGGAUUCUGUAUAGCCACUAUACAGAAAUCAAAAUGAGAAAAUUACGGAGGCAGAUCGGAGCGUUCCGUGAGAUGAUGAAGG